CGCGCUGUGGGGUGCUGGCCCAGCGUCCGCAGGCUAGGCUGAGGGAUGGAGGGGUUCUCUUUGAGUGAGGGCCGCAUGACAGUGCCUUACGAUGGAGCGGGCGAAGAUGGCGGAGGAGAGCCUGAAGAUGGCGGCGGAGCAUGAGCGGAUCCUGAGGGAGAUCGAGAGCACAGACGCGGCCUGCAUCGGGCCCACGCUCAGAAGCCUGGAUAACAUUGUGUUGCAACAGCCUGAAAUAGGUAGCAAGAGAAAAUCUAAGGAAGAUGUUUAUACAAUCAUUGAUGCAGAGGUGGAGAGCACAAGCCCGAGGUCUGAACAGGAUUCAGGAAUUCUAGAUGUUGAAGAUGAGGAAGAUGAUGAAGAGUGUGACAACAAAGAUGACUCCAGGGAGAUAAAGAGGCCCACAGAGAGAAGGAGAAUGCUUUCUGCCUGGUGGCCUCCACUAAGGACACCUUGUCGGGAAGCCACUGCAACAUGAACAGGGUGUGGAAAACUCAGGUGGAUACCUGAAAGACUGACUUGAUCUGUGGAAGAUGGACGAAGAAGGCCCAAAGUGUCUGCAGGGGCUAGACCUGAGGAAAGGAAAGUGAAUGGGGGUGAUGGAGUCAUUGAGCCAUGAAAAAGAGUCUCCUUGUCAGCAAUGAUUCAGAUGAAGAAACUAGUUGACUGAGGGAAAGAGUUGGUGAAGUCUUGGUGGAAGGGUGUUGCUGUUUCUUGCUGUGUUGUCGCUAUUGAAUACGUCUGUUACUGGUGAUCAUACUGUUCCCUAGGCAAAGAUGGUCACAUGACAAUUGAGGCACUGAUGUUCAGGCUUUGCAUGAUGAAAUAUUUACCAUUCAGCACUGAAAUUUAGAUAAAUUCCCCCCUUCAUUACUGUGCAAAACCUAUCAAAGAUUUUUGGUCAUUAUUUUUCUAAUUUUAAUUGGACUCUAAAAUGUGGUCCAUAGGAAUUUCUUUGGGAUUUCUUAGUUGGUUAUGUGGAGAAGCAUUAUAGCUUUGAGACUGAUUUGCUUCUGCAUGUCUUCUUUGAAUUUUGACUUGUAUACUUUGAAUUAAGAAGGGGAGGGCCUGUGGGGAAUUAUGGUUUUGGCCUGGCAUACAAUUGGCGUGAGAAGCAUGUGCCAGUGGACUUUUAGUUUAGAGACCUUAGCUCCUGAAGCACUAUGUCCCUUUCAAUGUGUCCCAACACUUAAAGAACUCCCACAGACACUUGAACAUUCAAGCCACCUGUGUUCUCUGUCUUCCCUAGAAGUCAGGAAAACAUCCAGAAGCUUGGCAAACAUUUAAUUAAUUAGACAUUAAUUCUAUGUACCCUUAUAGCUUGCAGAUGUCAUUGUAUCCUGGCAGUUACAAUUGUAUUCUCUCUGGAAACUUCUAUCAUAUCCUGCUUCUGAUAAUGAUGUUAAAAUUCUUGUUGCAUGCAAUAAAUUUGUCACAUCCCUAAUUUUCAUGUAGCCCCUCUGACCUGUGCCUAAAAGACAAAAUUUCCUUUGACCAUAAUCAGGUAUCACUGGCUUGGUAAGUAAGUGCUGAUGUUUACACCAAGACAAAGAACUUUUAAUUCCACUAAAGUUUGCUGAAAUUUACUGAUUCUAUUCUGAAGCCCCAACCCCUUCUCAUUCACUGCCCUUUCCUAAAUCAGUCACCUACCUCCACAUCCAUCAUCGUAGUCAGAACAAGGGAAUUAUUAAAAUAGAAUAGGCACAUAUAGAGAAAUGACUCAGGAAGUAGAGGCUAGCACAUAGGCACAUGAAUCUGCAUUCAAAUCUUAUGAAAGAAGGGGGAGAUAAAGAGGACAGGAGUUCCACAAGAGAGCAACAGCACCAAAAAAUCUGAGUACAGGUGUCUCAGAUACUCCAACCAAGAAUCAUGCAUGGCCCCAGGUCCCACCUCUGAGAAAAAGGUAUCGGACGGGUCUGAUGCUCUUUGGGUGGAUGACACCUAAAUGAACAUCUGUACAAAGUCCCAAUUUAUUUCUAAUAUCAGAGAUCAGACCUCUACUCUUGCCUGAUGCGUCUAAAACAAAAAGGGAGAACUGUAGAGAGCUGCGGAAUGCUAUGCCUUAAAGAUGGAGCUGGUUUCCGCCUUCCACCUUCCCGAUGGUGAGUGCUCUCUGUCACGAACAACUCCACAUUUGGCUAAGGCCGAGGAUCUGGCUUGCUUCCAUGUAUGUGGACCUAUCUGCAUUGCCCCCGUGGCACGCCUGGGUUGGCUACCCAGAGGCUAUUUAAGCUGUGGACUGGCUUUCCCCGGGGUCCGAGGAUUGUUCAAUGUUCCUGAAUAAACUGCAUUGAAAAAAAAAAAUGCAUGGCGAUAACUUAGAAUCCCUGCACAGCUGUAGCCCAUGGCAGUUCAGUGUCCAAGUGGGUACCCUAGUAAGGGGAACAGGGAUUGUCUCUGACAUGAACUUAGUGGCUGUCUCUAUGAUCCCUGAGGGGGGAGCAUCCUUACCAGGCCACAGAGGAAGACAAUGCAGCCAGUCCUGAUGAGACCUGAUAGGCUAGGGUCAGAGGGAAGAGGAAGAGGACCUCCCCUAUCAGUGGACUUGGGGCAGGGCAUUGGAGGAGAUGAGGGAAGAAGGUGAGAUUGGGAAAGGGAGGGAGGCUGGCUACAGCUGGGAUACAAAGUGAGUAAACUGUAAUUAAUUUAAAAAUAAAUUAAAACAACAGGUAAAAGUAAAUAAAAAUAAAAGUAAAUAAAAUUUUAGGUGAAGAAAUGGUGAAAAUAUGAAGCAAACAAAAUGACUGUUAAGAUACUAAACUCCAUGCAGAAGAGCAGGUACUGAAUGACUCAUUUCAUUGUAGCUGAUAACACUUUGUAUUAAUGUAAUUACUAUCAAAAUAUAACGAUGGCUAGCAGAGGCUGGAGUAAUAUCUUUUGUUUAUUGUUAUAUAUUAGUUUGCGAGUAUUUUUGCAUCAAUGUUCAUAAUAUCACUUUUAGUAUUUUGUUCACCAUCUCAAUUUUGUUUGAGUAAAAUGAAAUAAAAUAUAACUAAAGUCUCAAAAUUGCCUUUUAUUCAGAUGGUAGUGGCAUAUGGCUUUUUUUCUUAGUACCCAGGAGCAAAGACUGUGGUCUAUAGUCAUACCACCCUGAAAUACCCAAUUUCAUGUAUUUUUUAUUUUACUAUAUCUUUUUGUUUUAUUUUGUAAUUAGUCUUCAAAUGCUUGUUUGUUUAUUUUUUAAGAGACAGAUUGGUUGUGGACAUAUUCAUAUUGGAACUGAGAUGGUGACAAACUAAGAAAAAUAGGUGGAAGCCAAACUGUAAUCAGAUACACUGUGUUAAAAGUCCAGUUUUUAUCCAAAAAUAAUUCAAAAUGAAAUGGAGAAAUCCUUCCAGAGGAAAGCAAAGCAAUCAAACCAAAAAGUUCUGUUGCUUUCCACUGGGGAUGACUGCAGCUACAGAACCAUUAAAGUUACCAUGUCAUCUUGGUUAUUAAUAUGGGUCACAGGCAUUAUAGCUUGGUAAGAUUGUCUGAUCUCUUCCUCCUUUUGAAGCUAGCACAGAGCCCUCUGCUACCAUAAAAGCUAAUCCUCAAACAGUCCUCCGGUCUGUUCCAGCUCAUGGGUCUUUUGACUUUGUUUGACUUGCAUGAUGUCUUCAGCAACAGGGGCUUACAUUUCACCUCUGGAGUAAUCAACUGUGUUAUUUUAAUUCACUUAAUCAUAGAAAAAUCCAGCACGGCACGGGAGGGGCAUAGGAUGAUGAGACUCAAAGAAAUGGUCAUGAGUCCACAGGAAAUCUUAAAGUGGGAAAUAGUAAGAGCUGGAGAGGACAGGAUCUCCACAAGGAGAGCAACAGAACCAGAAAAUUUGAACACAGGGAACUUCCCAGAGACUCAUACUCCAACCAAGGACUAUUCAUAGAGAUAACCCAGAACCCCUGCACAGAUGUAGCCCAGGGCAGUUCAGAGUCCAAUUGGGUUACAUAGUAAUGUGAAGA